AGUUCCCAUGAAGGUCUGACGGGUUUGAUAAAAUUCAACACAGAAGGGUUCCGAAGCGAUUUCCAAUUAGACUUAUUCGAAUUAAGGGAAGGAGGGAUAACAGACAUCGGCACGUGGAAUACGUCUAAUGGUCUUUCAGUUACCAAAAAAUCAGUAGAGCAACCAGUACCUGAUGGUGAUAGUUUGAAGAAUAAAACUUUUAUAGUUAUUACAACAUUAACAGAUCCUUAUGGGAUGCUCAAGGAAACCUACGAAACUCUAACAGGAAAUGACAGAUUUGAGGGUUUUGGUAUCGACCUAAUUAAAAAAUUAUCUGAAAUGGAGGGCUUUAAUUACACCUUCAUAUUGAGAGAAGACAAACAGAACGGAGCAAAAGAUCCGAAACCACCACACCGAUGGUCUGGAAUGAUUGGAGACCUUCUCGAAUAUAGAGCGGAUCUGGCCAUAACAGAUUUCACUAUUACUUCUGACAGGGAGGAAGCCGUAGAUUUCACAGUACCUUUCAUGAACUUGG